AUGAUGUUCAUUAAACACAAUCCCAAUGUGUCACAAUGGACCUUGGAUACCGGAUAUAAAAAUUCAUUUAGUGGAAGAGAAUAUCCAAUUCCCAUAUCAAUUGGUGUUAUUUCUUUGACCUUUGUUACUAACAAAAGCGACAUCGACUACAAAUGCAGCGGGUUUUACGGAGAAUUUAAAGUCAUUUUUACCACGCCUGGUGAUGCAUUGAAAGUUUCAAGUAACUACAUUCAACUACAACAUUCGGAAGCUACCCGAAUUCUUAUUAAACCCGAAUUGUCAACAACGUCAGACAACAUUCGGCGCUACACAUCUGAUCAACGAAAAUGUUUCUAUCAAUCGGAGCGCCAGUUGGCUUUCUUUAGAAUUUAUUCGCAAAUCAACUGUGAAGAGGAAUGUUUGACCAAUUUCACUAGAAACGGGUGCGGAUGCGUAAAAUUUUCGAUGCCAAGGGAUAAAAACACACGUAUCUGUGGUGGAUUACGAACAAACUGUCUAAAACUAGCCCAAAGGCAACUUUUCACUACCAAAAAGGGCGAAAUGUUUCGUAAUAAAUGCAAUUGUAUGCCCGCAUGUACACUCAUCAAAUACCAAGCAACAAUUUGGAGGACUCAGAUGGAUUUUGAAAAUUUAAAGCCAUUUUUCGGAUGGCCUUCAGAAUCCAAAGUGUUCGCAUCUGGCAUCAAUUUUGGCUUUGAUGUAAAGAAAAAGACAAGGAAUGAAACAUUAAGUUUUGCUGAUUUUUUGGCGUAUUGUGGCGGUCUGCUUGGAUUAUUUAUGGGCAUUUCUGUAUUUAGCAUUAUCGAGCUCGUUUAUUUCGCCACCAUUCAUUUAUUUUGGAAAAUUGGCCAUUUAAGAAGAGCAAACGCAGUGGGUCCAUUGUUUCAAACCAAGGAUUAA